GUAUAGUUAUGGAUAAAAUGAAUGUAAUAAUUAGGUCCGUAUCCAGAAUGUGCAGAGGCUUCGUCGAUGGGCUUUUAAUUUAAAAACAACAAAGUGGAAGUAGAUUUUGUUAGCUAACGUUAGCUUUAUGCUAAUUGUAAGACUGGAGCGGGAGAACGGCAGGUAAAGGUGUGUGCGUGCAUGUUUAUGAAUGUGGGGGAGAAAGGAAGGGGUGACGGCUUGAAAACGACAAGGGGAGGACUCAAAGGAGGAAAAAGGAGCCGUCUGAAAGCCAGAGGAGCUGUACGGAAAGAAGAAAUAACAGAGGAGAGAAGGAUGUCGGAGAGGAUAGCUUCGUGUGGGAGCUUGUAUGACAGCACCAACCUGCUGCUACAGUACUGCAACAACGAUGACACUGUGUCGGCCAGCAGUAACAUGGACAUGGAGGACCGGGUUUCCCACCUGGAGCAGAGGCUGCAGCUGCAGGAGGAUGAGAUCCAGCUGCUGAAGGCGGCUCUGGCUGAUGCUCUGCGCCGACUGGGCUGUUGUGAGGAGCAGAGUCAUGGACACCAGCCAGGAGGUGCCCAUGCUGGGAGGAGACCUCUGGCCACUGCGGGUUCAACACCACCUACGAAGGUUCGUCAGCUCCUGCAGGCUCUUCCCUCCAGACCUCUGAGUAAUGGUUACGUUCAACAAAAACGUCUCCUUUCCUCUCCAUCAUCUCCAAAGAAGGAGGUGCUUCAGUCCAUAAAGAGAAAGAGUAUGUCCACAGAGCGCCUCACUCUGGUGAGAAGAGAGAUGGCAGCAGAGAGUCGGAGUCGGACCACCUCAUCCAGCAGCUCCUCUGGUGGGAAAAGCAAAUCCAAAGAAUGCACCCUCAAUGCAGAGGACGGCCACGUGAGGAUGUUCCUCCGAGGUCGUCCUGUCACCAUGCACAUCCCUGACCAGCGGAGGGAGAGCUACAGCCUGGACCAGAAGGUGGCGCUGCCAGACCACAAGCUGAAGCUGCAGUGGGUGUACGGCUACCGCGGUCGGGACUGCCGCUCCAACCUCUACCUGCUGCCCACGGGAGAGAUUGUGUACUUCAACGCCUCAGUGGUGGUGCUGUACAACACAGAGGAGCAGCAGCAGAGACACUACCUCGGCCACAACGAUGAUGUGAAAUGCCUGAGUGUGCAUCCUGACAUGGUUACCAUAGCAACAGGCCAAGUGGCUGGAAACUCUAAAGAUGGAAAGCUGCUGGCUCCUCACAUUCGUGUCUGGGACUCUGUGAGCCUCAACACGCUCCAUGUGAUCGGGACAGGGGUGUUUGACAGAGCCGUCACAUGUGUGUCCUUUUCCAAGUCGAAUGGUGGUGCCUUCCUCUGUGCUGUGGAUGAUGCCAACGACCACAUCUUAUCUGUUUGGAACUGGCAGAAGGAGAAACAGCUAGCUGAUGUUAAGUGCUCCAAUGACUCUGUGCUGGCCGCCGUGUUUCAUCCCAUGGACACAAACCUGAUUGUCACCUGUGGAAAAUCUCACAUUAACUUCUGGAUGUUGGAGGGCAACACUCUCACCAAGAGACAGGGCCUGUUUGAGAAACACGAGAAACCAAAGUACGUGCUGUGUGUGGCAUUUGCGGAGAACGGAGAUGCCAUCACAGGGGACUCCAGUGGAAACAUCUACAUCUGGGCCAAAGGUGGAAAUCGCAUCAGCCAGGUGGUGUCGGGGGCCCACGAAGGAGGAAUUUUCUCUGUUUGCGUCCUGAAGGAUGGCACCAUGGUGUCUGGAGGAGGGAAAGACCGGAAGGUGGUCCUGUGGGACCACAACUACCGAAAACAGGCUGAGAUGGAGGUGAGUGACUUGCUGGGUCCCGUCCGAGCUCUGGCCGAAGGUAAACCAGGAGAACUCUUUGUCGGGACCACCAAGAACGCCAUCGUUAGAGCCGCCUUUCCUGACACCUUAACCCCCAUCGUACAGGGUCACACAGAUGAGCUGUGGGGUCUGGACGUCCAUCCCUCCAUGGAGCAGUUUGUUACCUGUUCACAGGACAGACAGGUUCACCUCUGGGACAGCAACACCCACCAGCCCCUCUGGACGAAGACCAUCGAGGAUCCAGGAAGGUCUGCUGGUUUCCAUCCCAGUGGGACUGUUGUGGCGGUGGGCACCAUGACUGGAAGGUGGUUGGUGCUGGACACCGACACCCGGGAUCUUGUUUCUGUGCACACAGAUGGCAACGAGAUCAUUUCCAACGUCAAGUACUCUCCAGAUGGUAACUUCCUGGCUGUUGCUUCCCAUGACAACUUUGUUUACAUCUACGCUGUGACCGAGAACGGCCGAAAGUACAGCCGCGUGGGGAAAUGCACUGGACACUCCAGCUUUGUUACCCAUCUGGACUGGUCCACAGACAGUCGGUAUCUUGUCACUAACUCAGGAGACUACGAGAUCCUCUUCUGGGAAGCGUCCACCGGUAAACAUGUGACCAACAUGGACACAUUGCGCAACCUGGAAUGGGCCACUUCCACCUGCACUCUGAGCUUCAACACCUUCGGAAUUUGGCCAGAUGGAGCCGACGGCACAGACAUCAAUGCCGUGUGCAGGUCACAUGACGGGUCCCUGCUGGCCUCUGCUGAUGACUUUGGCAAAGUGCACUUGUUCUCCUUCCCCUGCUCUCAACCAAGGGCUCCGAGUCAUGAGUACAGUGGCCACAGCAGUCAUGUGACCAACGCUGCCUUCCUACAUGAUGACAGUCACCUGAUUUCUACCGGUGGGAAAGACACCAGCAUCCUCCAGUGGGUAGUUGCCUAGGCAACGCCAUACAUCCACACUGCUCUGGUCCCCAGAGGCAGGGACCAGCGUCACAUCUGGCUUCAUCACUUCUUCACCAUAUUGCUCCCCUGCCACCAGGUGGCAGCACCCCUCUGUGCCUACCGGAAAUGUAAACCACAACAGCCUGCGAAUGCUGGCCAACCUGCAGACGUCACACUGGAUUAGACAACUAUCACUGUAAUGAAUAAAAGAGCUGUUUGUGAUGGAUAGGACGUGAAUUGUUCUCAGCUGCAGACGGUGAUAGAGCUGUGAUUUUAGCAUUAGUACUAACUGUGCCUAAACUGUAUUUAUUUGAACCCCUUUAAAGGGAAUCCCAUCUAUUUUAACAGAUGUGCUGGCAACUUUUAGUCACAAACAUGUGCUUGUCACACUAAUUCUGCAGCUGGUUUCCAUUCAGCCCACAAAUUAUGAAAAUAAAAUCCUAUAUUCAUUUCUGUGUCACAAGGAAUGAACAGAAACCAGCUCAUUCUUGAAAAAUUAAAAGAAAAAUUACCCUAAAUAUUCACAUAAAAUAAGCUUGUUUUGCAGUAAAGCUGCCGUGAUGGUUAAAAUGUGGUCCUUAUCUCACAGUGAUUCCUGUGGACAUGCCCUCGUCUCUCCUUCAGCUAGAAAUCAGUCAAACCUUCUAACUUGAAAUAACCAUGUGCAGGGAUCUAGUUCAGUCGAAUGUAACCUCAUCAAAGAGUAAAAUUCCAAAGAUGGAGAGCACGGUGCGUGUUUGGAGGAAUCCACUGCAUGUCCAAAAAUAGAUGGAAUUCCCCUUUAGUAGACUGAGUAUAACCCAGUUCCCCUGUUUUCCUCCACGUUUCAGUCCUUCAGCCUCGUUUCCGAACCCCGAAGGUGCAGAUUGUUUGUAAGUAAGGCUUUGGGAGAUGGUGAACGGUACAAAGUCUUUCAUUUCACUUUUGUCCUCCAAGCUGCUGUGUUUGAUUGUACUACUACUGUAACUGUGCGGAGGAGGCACUAGAUGGCGCUACAGUGCAAAAGAAUGAGCAUGACAGAGUUUGACCUGCUGUAGAUGCUGUCAAUAUCGCAAAGAUCUUCACAGUAAAUAUAUAUUAUGCAGUAUAUCCGAGUGGCUGUGUUAUUUUAAUAUUUAACGGUAACAAUUAUAGAUGUUGUUAUUAUUACUAUAAUUAUCAUAAUUAUUAUUGUGGCACCUCCAGCAGCUGAUGGAGAGGUGAUGUAGGCUGCUGAGCUUUGGACGUGAGCUUGAGCUGUGCUUUGCCUUCUUAUGUUUUGUUUAUAAAGUUUUUUACCCAA